UUUUUGCUCACUCAGUGGAAGAAUUAGAGUGAGUGGAAUUAGAGGUUGAUGAUGGCAAUGCAGCAACAAGAGCAAGUGAUUGGAGGUGGUAGCAACCGUAUAGCAGCUGUCAAUGUCACACCCUCUAACAACACUAACGAUCUUCAUACACCAUCACAUUCAAAAAAAGAGAAACCAUGGAGAGAGUUCUUGACAUAUUUAGGUCCCGGUUUUCUAGUCUCCUUGGCUUACCUUGAUCCUGGAAACAUGGAAACUGAUUUGCAGGCGGGAGCCAACCACAAAUAUGAGCUGCUGUGGGUGAUACUUAUUGGGUUGGUGUUUGCUCUUAUAAUUCAGUCAUUGGCUGCAAAUUUAGGCGUUUGUACCGGCAAACACCUUUCAGAAGUAUGUAAAGCAGAGUACCCAUUAUUUGUCAAGUACUGCUUGUGGUUAUUAGCAGAGGCUGCUGUCAUAGCUGCAGACAUACCUGAAGUGAUUGGCACAGCCUUUGCACUUAACAUACUCUUCCACAUACCAGUAUGGGUUGGAGUUCUCUUAACGGGCUGCAGCACUCUCUUGCUUCUUGGUCUCCAGAGAUUUGGGGUAAGGAAGUUGGAGCUGCUUAUAUCAAUCCUAGUUUUUGUGAUGGCUGCAUGUUUCUUUGUGGAAAUGGGAUAUGUCAAACCCUCUACUUCCGGCGUAUUGAAAGGAAUGUUUAUACCUAAACUCAGCGGUCAUGGAGCCACAGGCGAUGCCAUUGCCCUUUUGGGUGCCCUUGUCAUGCCACACAAUCUUUUCCUCCACUCUGCUCUGGUGCUGUCUAGAAAAGUGCCUACUUCCGUACGUGGCAUCAAUGAUGCAUGUAAAUACUUUCUCAUAGAGAGUGGAUUCGCAUUGUUUGUGGCGUUUCUAAUCAAUGUUGCAAUGAUUUCUGUGUCUGGCACUGUUUGCUCUGCUACCAACCUUUCUGCAGAAACUUCUGAUCAAUGCAGCGACCUUACCCUUAACUCUGCUUCUUUCCUUCUUAAGAAUGUGUUGGGACGGUCGAGCUCAACCAUUUAUGCCAUAGCAUUGCUGGCAUCAGGACAAAGUUCCACCAUCACUGGAACCUAUGCAGGGCAAUACAUUAUGCAGGGUUUCUUAGACUUAAAGAUGAAAACAUGGAAAAGGAACUUGGUGACAAGGAUCAUUGCCAUAACACCUAGUCUUGUUGUCUCUAUCAUUGGUGGUUCUUCUGGUGCUGGUCGACUUAUCGUCAUCGCAUCGAUGAUACUUUCUUUUGAGCUCCCAUUCGCUUUAAUUCCGCUCCUUAAGUUCAGCAGUAGCAGUACUAAAAUGGGACCUCAUAAGAAUUCUUUGUUUAUCAUUAUCUUCUCAUGGAUACUAGGUAUGGGGAUUAUCUGUAUCAAUGUGUACUACCUCAUUACCGCUUUUGUGGAUUGGAUAAUUCAUAAUAGUUUACCAAAGGUGGCAAAUGUGUUCAUUGGGAUCUUAGUGUUUCCUCUGAUUGCGAUCUAUAUUCUCUCAGUUAUCUACCUCACAUUCAGAAAAGACACUGUCGAAACAUAUAUCGAGACAAAGAAUGACCCAAUGAUGCAAACUCAUGUGGAAAAGGGGUUUAUGAACAAUGGUCAAUUAGAGCUGAGCCAAGUUCCUUAUAGAGAAGAUUUAGCUGAUAUCCCACUACCACAAUAGAGGACCUAAGCUAUGAACCAAGCGCAUCACCGUCUAUAAACAGCAAUUUCAAAUUGCUUUCGAGUCAUUUCAGUGAGUUAUAAGAAUCUGAUGAUGGUCGAUUCUCCAAAUGGUUGGUUUAAAGUGAUUACAACUUUAGGGCCUUAUAAAUCUACUUCUCAAGUUGCCCCCCGUUAAUGGUUGUGUGCUAUAGUAAAGUUUAUAAGAAAACUAAAUUAGGUAAAUUAAGCUCCAGAGUCAAAGAGUCUUGAAAUUUAUUGAAUAACAAACCCCAAUACUAAGUAGUUUUGUCAAUUUCUCCAGUGUAGUAGAAGGUAUGUACUCAUUGUAUUCAAACAUUUUCUCAGAGAAUGUGAAUUGUUUUCCCUUCUGUUA